AGGGCUAUAACCCUAUAGAGUUAUUACAGAAAAUAACCAAUGCAUGUUAUUGUGGAAAAAUUACAAGAGUUAUCCGCCCUUCAGUUUAUCAAUCUGAAAUAACACAUGUCCGUUAUCUCACGAAAAAAUUGAUCUGAAAUAACACAUGGGUGUUAUCUCGACGAGAAAAUCUUAACGGCAGACAACAUUUUUGAAUUUACCGCUGUUCUGUCGAUGCUCUAAGUCCCACGUGAUCCGACAUGCGCGCGCAUUAUUUAAUACGCCAUUUUGAUCCAACACACGCUGUAAGGUUAAAUUCUUUUUGUAUAACAGAAACAACUCACAAGAAACAUGGAGGCAACAUCUUUAGGCAUUUGAUAACAUGCAGUUUAAGACAUAACUCCCUUUAAUGAAACAAAAUGGCAGAUCAAAAUUAUCAUGCCAUAAAAUUGGAACAAAUGUGUCGACUUUGUGGGAAAAAUGUGUCAACAAAAUAUGCAUACAACAAAACACGUUUUAAAGUAGAGCUAGAUGAGCUGUAUAAUAUUGACAUUGAAGCUGAACCAUCUGAAGUCUUUCCCUCUUUGAUCUGCCGUAAAGAUUCACGAGAUCUGUAUCGUUAUCGAACAUGGCGAAGUAAAAAUGACCAAUCAGGGGAUUCGGUUUCAAAUUAUAAAACAGAACUAUUUGAUUUCCUUCCGCACUCAGACGAGGAAUGUAAUGUAUGCAUUAAGAAAAAGUGGCGCACUAAUGUUAAAAGGAGGAAAACUGAACACCCUAAUGAGUCUUCUGACAUGAUGGAAGGCACCAGUAGUUACAAUAAACAAGGAGAUAGCAUUAAUGAUGCUGCAAGUCAGACAUCGUUCACUGAUGAUGGUGAAGAACACUUUCCUUAUGACCUAAUGAAGAAUUUAAUGAAAGCAAUUUCACAAAAGAACUGUGAGACAAAAGAAAAAAUCUUCAUGGAUUUGAUACAUGAAAUGCCAUUGUGUGACGUUGAACUCUUUUCCUACUGUCUUGGAAAAAAAGUGCAGACAUAUAUUGUUGAAGAUGCCUCAUCUUUUGCCCUGCAAUACAAGGAUCCAAAAGCAAUGGCCAGGUUUAAUGUUAAAGCAUGGUUAAACAGAAGAAACAAAAGUAUCAUAUCAUUUCUUCAAGGUGUAAGCAAUACCGAAUUUCAUACAGAUCCAAAUGAACUAGGAAAUGAAUUAAGCCUUGCUCGAGGAGUAGAACAAUUGUACAUGCUCAGAUGUCCUUAUCUUAUUACACCUAUUUCAUUUCUUCUCAAUAUUUCGGUUUACACAUUGACAGGAAGCAAAUUAGCGGUAGACAUUAUUGGUAAUUGUUGUCCAGCAGGUCAUUAUCAAACUGUUACUUCUUGGCUACGAGAACAAGGAACUAAAGAGCCAGAAAUACCAAUAGCAGAUUUAAUGAAUGUCUUCGACAAUGAGCAGGUGAUUGGAAGAAAAAGUGCCAUUCGACCAAACCAGAAAGUAAUUACCUCUAUUAUUACCAAUAAAGGUGUUGUUGCCUUACAUUCUGAUCAAUUAAUCCAAGGAAAAGCUGAUUUAAAACCACAAAUGCUCUACAAUUUGCACAAACAAAAUGAGGAAAAUGAAAAUACUGAUGGUCAACAGGAGUUACUUAACUCUAUAACUGCUGAAAUGAUGAGCCAGUCAUCUAAAAGAAUCAUUAAAAUGGAAAGGGAUCACUUUGAACAAUUGUAUUACUUUGUCAAUGCUGCAAUUGAAGUUGUAAAACAGGAACAAGUAUUAGAAGGAGAUAAAAUCGAAGACACUAUUGAUCAAAAAGUAGCAAAAGAUGCACUGGAUGACUUAAUGAUGCAAUGUGCUACAUGUGGAACAUGGAACCGAAAAAAAAACAGAUUUGUAAUGGUUGCAAUGAAAGAGAUGGAUUGAAAAGAGCGAAAGAGUUGAAAAAAAAACCCAGUGUCAUUACCCCUGAGAAGAAAGUUUCAUACACAAAGCUUACUUUUACAAAUGAAAUGGACUCCACAACUCAGGUCGAAUAUACUGCUUAUGAUCACAUACCAACCAGACAUAUGACAAGUCAUUGUGUACUUUUGACAGAUCCUGUUUUUUGCAACCCUAACAGCUAUGAAACCGUUGCAAUGGUUCUUCGUAAAAUUGGGAGAGAUAAUGGCAUUUAUAAGUAUGGUGGAUCUGUUCGACACUGGACAUUUGUAUGCUGUGAUGGUCUGCCGUAUGUCAUUUGUAAGAAAUUACAAGAAGAAGCAGUCAUGUGCUCUGAGGAUAACUGCAAUGAAAAGUUUCUUUCAAAGACCAAAUUCAUCAUACAUGCACAGGAAAAGCAUCCUAAUAAGGAGUACUGUGAAUUUGUACACGAGUUUGACUGGUUUUAUCUUCGAAUUGGGGCCGGCCAUUAUGAGAUGAACUUGAUCAAGUCAUUUUUUGAGCUCAAUUGGAUACCUUUCUUAGAACCAUUGUGUGAAAGAAUGGGGUUUUUAUCGGAUGCUGCAAAGCAAUAUGCCAAAGCCUGCAAAGAUCUGCACAAAAGCUGGAACUUGUUAUUGAUAUUCCAUCUAGCUUCCUUGAGAGAAUAAGUUUUGCCCUAUGUGCGUCACAGUUUAAAGAAUGGAUCAAAUCCAGAUGCAAAACAAUUUUUUGAAUUUAACAAUCAAUUAUACCAGUCAAAUGCAAGCCCAAAUUUUGUGUAUAUGAUGGACCAGGUUUGUCGCUUCUCACAAGCUAUUAUCAACUUUAGAAUGUCUAUCAGAAGGAAUAAUUCUGACUUGCUGAAGAGUUCUAAGUUUAUGACAAAAGAGUUGUUUCAUGGUCGUCAACAUCCUAAAUACCAAGAAAUUGAGAUCAACGAUACAUUACAAGAUCUGCUAAUGCCAUGUGAAGUGCAAAAUCUAAAUGAUGCAUAUGCUUCCAUUACCACCACUGAAAAUAAAUCAACUGGUCAAGAUUUUGAUUUUAUAUUAGAGGAAAAAAAUCGACAAUUAAAGUCCUGGAUU